CAUAAGCAGCCCAGUCUCCGUCCUCCCCACGUUCUGCUCGUGUCUGAGCUCAGACCGGAGAGAUGGAUCACGAAGCGCAUAAACGCUGACACCUAUGAAUGAAAAUGGGCCCUAGCUGAGGUGAUGUGAUUAUGGCACAAUGGCAGAAGACGUGCUCCGAAACUCCCAGCUGUCCUUGAAGCUGGCUGCCCUGCGUGUGGUGGACCUGCCUCUGGCUGUCUUUUCCUCACUCCCACGGGUAAGCCUGAGCUCCGGCACCAAGAAGCUGGUUGCCGCCACAGCCUUCGGCGCCGUCUCGCUCGCCCUCCUCGCCCGACACUUCAAGAGGAGAAAAGGCAGGAAGAAAAGCCAGUCGCCCAGAGAGCAGGAGGCCUUCGAUUUCCUCUCCACACUUCCCAAACCAAAAGAUGUCUACGGCAGUCGGCAGAACCUGACUUUGUCUCUGAAUACGAAGAACAGCUUCUCCAGCCUUGCGGUGCCUAAUGGCAGCUUGUACAGCAAGCUCUCCGGCUCCCUGCAGAGUCUGGCCUCGGUGAAGAGCAUGAACUCCUGCAGUAGCUGCACGUGUCCUAAUGGAUCCAGCUGCUGGGACAGAGCAGAGGACGGCGAGCUCCGGAGCAUCAUCCCUGUCAGCACUCCAGAGAACCUCUACCUGAUGGGCGUGGAGCUGUUUGAGGAGGCUCUGCGUCGUUGGGAGCAGGCGCUCACGUUUCGUGGCCGGCUGGCGGAGGACGAGACCAGCUGCGCUUCAGUUAAACUGGGGGCUGGAGAUGCCAUAGCAGAGGAAAGUGUUGAGGAUAUCAUCAGUGCAGAAUUCAUCCACAAGCUGGAGUCUCUGCUGCAGAGGGCCUAUCGCCUCCAGGAGGAGUUUGAGGGAGCGCUGGGGAUGUCCGACCAUUCCUCACAUCCCAGCAACGAGAAACACACUGACGUCUCGGCGAGGGAGGAUUUGGACGACUCGUGUUUGAGGGACUCUGUCAGCAUCGCCUCCACCGACUCCUUUGUGUCUGCAGCAGAGCUGUCUGAACACAGGGAUAUGAGGAAUGCCUUUGGUCUCGGCUCGCUCUGCCACUACCCCUUCUAUGAAGAAGCUCUGCAGAUGGCCGAGGAUGGCAAGAUCUCCUGUAGAGUCCUCCGAACGGAGAUGCUCGAAUGUCUUGGGGACACUGAUUUCCUGGCGAAGCUGCACUGCAUUCGCCAGGCCUGUCAGGUCAUUCUAUGUGAAAGAGCAACUAGGAUGUUUCUGGCUGACACAGGAAAGAAGAUCUUGUCCUCUAUAAUCGUUAAAGCGAGGAAGAGCCCCAAGAGGUUCGAGGAGGUUUUUGAGGACAUGAUCUGUUUCCUGGAGCAGACGGAUCACUGGGAGAACACGGAGGCAGAACUGGCAACCAGAGGGGUUAAGCAUUUGAAUUUCUAUGACAUUGUUUUGGACUUCAUCCUGAUGGAUUCCUUCGAAGAUUUGGAGAAUCCUCCUAUCUCCAUCCAGAAUGUGGUUAAUAAUCGCUGGCUCAACGCCUCUUUCAAAGAGACAGCUGUCGCAUCAAGUUGCUGGUCUGUUCUGAAGCAGAAAAGACAACAUAUGAAGGUGCAGGAUGGCUUCAUCGCUCACUUCUACACGGUGUGUGAACACAUCAGCCCUGUGUUGGCGUGGGGAUUUCUGGGUCCUAAGAGUCCCCUGCAUGACUUCUGCUGUUUCUUUAAGGACCAGGUCCUGUUCUUCCUGAAGGACAUAUUUGACCUGGAAAACGUGCGCUACUCCAGUGUAGAAACCCUGGCUGAGGAUAUCCUCCACCUGCUGCACCGUCGCUCCGAGCUGCUGCUGGCCUACCUGGGGGCUGAUUCUCUUCGGCACGUCAGUGGCUGCGUAGGAUCCCCGCUUCACCUGGUGUCCACCGCCAUGCUGGAGACCCGGGUUCAAUAAGCUCACGCCCGUGUCUUUACGCUCGUGAUGUCCUGCAGUGCAGUCUUGCUUGUGACAGAGUCGUAUCGGCUCACGUGUCUGGGUAACUCGCGCGCCCGUGUCCGUCCGUGUGAAGUUGAUGUAUGAGUUCUGCUGUACCAAGCAGUAGCAGGAUGUUGAUAAUGUCCUUGUUUUCAGGACAUUUUCAGGAUAGUGGUAAAUGAUUGAGAGCAAUAGGCUGGACGAUUAUGGAUGAUAAUGAAAUUAGCAUUGACAUGCACUUCACACACAAUUUACUGUACAAGUUAUUUAUUUAAUUGGUCUGUUUUACUAUUUUAAGUAUUAAAACCUUUUUGUUGUUUUUUUUUUUUUUUUUUUUUUUUUUGCUUUCUGCUUAGUGAAUGUUAAAAUGGUUUCAAUUUGUCUUAAACCUUUGGCUUGAAAAAGUUUUUACCUGUAUUAUGAAUUGUUCUCAUUUUAUACAGUACAGUGUGCUGUAGUAUGUAAAAUGUGCUUCACAUUCUUUAUAACUUGCUGUCAAAUGUUCAACUGGAAACUGACGCCAUGGUAAAUUGUUCAAUCUAUUGUUUUUGUGAUGUGGGAAAAAAAUUCAUUUGCACAUAUAAGCCCAUUCACAAUAAUAAUUCUAAAGCCCUUUCCAGAUGGGAUUAGUUUCUCAGGGGGUCCUGAGGUCAUUUUAUCUUUUAUGGGGGUCCUCAUAUAUGUGUUUUUCUCAGACGUCCUCUGAGAAGAUUACAGGUUAAAUUAUCUACUGUUUUUCUCUAAACUCCGUGGUCCUCCAGUAAUUUUAGUCCCGUCCAGACGCACAUCUGAGUUUCGGUUCCUCGUGUUUAAUAAAAUAGCUAUUUGUCCACGGCCGUGCACCAUAAUUACACGUUGGGCACACGUUUCCACAGAGAUCCACGUAAAAACACACAAAAGCGAGUGGAAAUGGAGGAGCUACUGAACGCUGUGAUGUCAUGUGACUGAGAAAGCCAAAAACUCACUGGUCCUCCUGUUUUUUCAAUUGCAGUCCGGAUGCAGGACUUUUAUUACUGAGUAGAAGGUCCCCCCUGAGAAACUAAUCUUGUACUGGGAUUAAAAUAAAAAGAAAAGGUUGGGAAAAGAUUAUGUAAACCCACCUGUAUGGUUAUGAAGUAAUAUCGGGUAAAAAAUUAAAAUAGGAAAAUUUAAGAUAAAAUGUGGAUAUGGAUCAUUUAAAAUGAUUGCUAAAUCACAUAAAAGACACAUAAGGGCAGAAUGAGAUUAGAUCUGGGUUACUAUUAUAAUUUUUUUUUUCUCAUUUUUUCAUUUUUAACACUAAGUUUAACUCUAAACUUAAGAUUUAUCAUGUAAAAUCCAACUCAUAACAGAAAGCAGCUUACUGAUAAGCCUUCACACACAAGCCCAAAGCUGCAGACGUUCACAAGACAUAAGCUGAUCAUCUUCUUUAUUACUGUAAACUCUUAAGCCAUAUACUGUAUGGAACUCUUCUCUCAUUUGCUACACAGUGGCAUUACCACCCAGCUAGCAUUAGCAUAUGUUUGUACAAGGCUGUUGUUAAUGUUCCAUAUUGAUCAUUUAACAGAUUGUAUGAGCCUUAAUGUUAGUGCAUGUGUGGUGGCCCAAAUGCGCAAAAGUAACCAGUGGGUUUUCUUUUACUUGGAUUUUUUUUUUGUGGUCCAUUUGUGUUAAUAUGUACACAGCAGAGUGGCUGUAGCAGCCUGUGUGUUAGCAAAAUGCUAAAGCUAAAUAUUUGUACUAGAAAAAUGGACUUGUUUUUGUCAAGUUCUUAAAGAAAACUGUUUUUCUGUACUGUGUUUAAUUGUGAGCUGUACAAAUAAAUGAGCAAAUAAAAAAAUGUGAAAACUACAAAA